CAUCGCAUGUACAGUUUAUGCUCAUUUGGAUCGAGGUAGCUGACGCAGCAUAUUCCUUAACUAAGAGUGACCCUGACAUCAGACAGUUUUACUUUCCAAAGUAAAACAGGUACAAAAGUAUUAAACCAUGAAUCAUUUAUUUAGAUUGUCUGCCGGUUUGCUUCGUUCAGGUACUGCCGGAUUGUACAGACGGAGACCAGUACCUGAGGGGCAUGUGUCGUUGGUUGUCGCACGACUUUUUAGCAGUGAACCCGAAAAUAGUGAGCUGGGGCAGCUGAUUAAAAAGGAUAAGGUUGUGGUGUUUAUUAAGGGAACCCCUGCCCAGCCGAUGUGUGGUUUCAGCAACGCCGUGGUGCAGAUCCUUCGGAUGCAUGGUGUUGACGAUUACGCCUCUUAUAACGUGUUGGAGGACCAGGACUUGAGACAAGGAGUCAAAAACUUUUCCAACUGGCCGACCAUCCCUCAGGUUUACUUCAAUGGGGAGUUUGUUGGGGGCUGUGAUAUCCUGCUUCAGAUGCACCAGAAUGGAGACCUUGUGGAAGAACUGAAGAAAUUGGGAAUCCACUCCGCUCUUCUAGAUGCAAAUAAAGAUGAGCAAAAAAAGUAGAAGGUACAGAAUGGAAAGAAUCUGCAAAUAUUACGUUCUGUGAAUAUGUACAUGGAUUUCCAAAUAUUAUUCUAUUUCAGCAAUGCCUUAUACAAUCUCUUAAGAAGCCAAACACAGCUGGAAUUACACUGGAAAGUGAACACCAAAGUGCUGUCUCUGCACACUGUCAUUCCACUCUUGCAACAAAGCUCAACGAGGCAACACACACACGUUUACUAGCAACCUUUCUGUGUACUUUUGGACUUUCUGGCUUGCUGCACUGUUCAUGAAACAUAAUAUUUAAAUCGUUUGGAAUAUUUGUUGUAUUGAAAUGUAUAAUGAAAGCAAAAAUAGUGUGUCUGUGUUAACUUCUUUAUAUUAAAAUAUUAGUGUGAUUAAAAAUUUUAACAUGUCUUCUGCUGCAAA